AUGCAUUUUCUAGUGAAGAAGCCUGGUUGGCUUGUUUUCGAUCCCAGUGAGUAUGGAGAUGAAGAAGUCAAGACAUUUCAGGUGAGGCAUAGGGAGGGGCGUUCAAACACAAAGCUUGUGAAGUUUAAGGACGGGUCUUGGUAUUUGAAAAAUGGGAGCCAGAUGUUUCCCCUGAAAGCAGUGCCUUCAAGGAGAGAUAUUGGGGUAGGAGCCAAAGAGGGAAAUGUCGUAUGUAUCCAUGAGGUUCUAGAUAAGAAGUGGUUUAUCAAGAUGAACGGCCCAUAG